GAACAGGACUAAAUACAGUGAUCGAAACGAUGAAAAUAGACUAGAAGUGAUAGCAAAUAAAAUAUGGGAACAUGUUCAAAUCGGACAGGACGCUGACCCGAAUCGAGACCUAGAGGAGCAAACAUUGGUGAAAAAGUGACUGGUGUACGCGUGUUUGUAGGUGUGUUUGUAUGUGUGCGGUGUACGGUGCGAGGUGGCGAUGAGGCGCGGGGCGGGUGUGCCCCCGCGCCUCUUAUCAGCAGAUAAGGCAUCGGCUGGGCGCGCGUCGGCACACGGGGCCGCGUCUCCACCGUGACCAGGACAGUUGGCCGUAUGCGGCCGCCGCCCGCCAUGCUGCACUCCCUGAACGCACUCGCCGGCAAGAUAUCGCCGGGCGGCGGCCUGGACUCGAACGCGAACAGACAUUCGCUGCCCAACCGCAAUCACAAGACAUCCUCGCCCUCGUCGCCCUACUCCAAGCCCAAUGGGAUUACAAUGAACAUUAGCAACAAUAACAACAACACGAGUAUAAACAACAACAACAAUGACGAGAAGUCGGAAAUGCCGGAUCCUGAUUACAUUAAGAUGUUCGUUGGGCAAGUGCCGCGGAGUAUGGACGAGAACGACCUGCGGCAAAUGUUCGAGGAGUUUGGCCGAGUGCAUCAGAUCAACGUGCUACGGGAUAAGAUGACGGGUGCGAGUAAAGGGUGCUGUUUUGUGACGUUUUUCACGCGGAAAGCGGCAUUGAAAGCCCAGGAUGCUUUGCACAAUAUCAAAACUCUAAGCGGGAUGCAUCAUCCAAUCCAGAUGAAACCGGCUGACAGCGAAAACAGAAAUGAACGCAAACUCUUCGUAGGCAUGUUAAAUAAGAAGUUAUCCGAAAAUGACGUGAGGGCGCUGUUCGCGGGGCACGGCGCGAUCGAGGAGUGCACAGUGCUGCGCGACGCACAAGGCCAGAGCAAGGGCUGCGCAUUCGUCACCUUCGUCUCCAAGCAGGCUGCCAUCGCAGCUAUCAAGGCUCUGCACCACAGUCAGACGAUGGAGGGUUGUUCAGCGCCGCUGGUCGUCAAGUUUGCGGAUACGCAGAAGGAGAAAGAACAAAAGAAAUUACACGCAAUGCAGGCGAGCCUGUGGAGUCUAACGACGCCGGUCAGCCCCGCGGCGUACCUCGCGUCUGAAGCGGCGCUGUCACCCGCCACACAACUGCAGCUGCUGCAGCAACUGCAGGCAGUUGGUUUGCAGCAACAGUUGUUGCAGGGUCAGGGCUCCACGCUGCUACAAGGUGUUAACUAUCAGGAUAUCGGUUUCAAUGGCGCAGGGCUGAGCGGGGGCACAGUGGGCGGUGUAGGCGGCGUGGGCGGUGUGGGCGAGCAGCUAGGAGGUCUUCUGGCGCCCGUGUCGGUGCAGAACCUAGCCGCGCUGGCUGCCAUGACGCAGCCGGUGGUGACGCAGGCGGCGCCAAUUGCGCCCGCCGCCGCGCCACAGCCCGCGCCGCCGCAGUUGUGUCUUCUCGGGAAGACUAACAUCACAGGGUCGACAGCGGAACCACUAAGUUCGGCGUACGCAGCGCAGUUCGGGUCAGCGUUCGCAGCCGCACCGCUCGGCUCCGUGCUCGGCUCGGCCGCCGCCGCCGCUGCCGGUAAGCAAGUCGAAGGUCCAGAAGGUGGAAACUUGUUCAUCUAUCACCUGCCGCAGGAGUUCACCGACACGGACCUGGCGUCCACGUUCCUGCCAUUCGGCCACGUGAUAUCGGCCAAAGUGUUCAUAGACAAGCAGACCAACCUGUCAAAGUGCUUCGGGUUCGUCUCGUACGACAACGCCGCCUCCGCGCAGGCCGCCAUACAAGCCAUGAACGGCUUCCAAAUAGGUACAAAGAGACUUAAAGUUCAAUUGAAACGUUCUAAAGAACUAUCGAGACCGUACUAGAAUAUUCCAGAACUUGUUCCUAGUGAAUUUAUAAAAAAGAGAUAACAAAAAAUAUAAACUAUGCAAAGAGGUUGUAAGUUUUUGAACGUUUGUUGUGAUGUAUCCGGUGCACUCGAACUGACGCUAGCUCAUAAGUCCGUUUCGUUCGAAAACGCGAGUCCACGUGCACAGUUGUUAUUUAAUAAGUAUAAAGGUUAAGGUUUGUGUCAAAGGAUUUAUCGUUUCCAAAGUAUUCCCCAAAUUCAUUUAUUAAUAUAAUAAUUAUUAUUUUAAAGAUUAUAAGUUUUUAGUCACUUUAAGCGUAAGUUGAAUGCGUUUAAAAACAAUAGCGAUUUGCGAACGCCAAAGAGCUGGUAUAAAUGUUAUUUUUAAAAGCGAUUUAUAACUAUCAAAGAGUAAAGUGUCAUAUUGUAAAAUAAGAGACGUAUUUUAUCAUCCAAAGCUUAUGUAAAGAACUAACUGGGUUAGUUUUUUUUAUAUUUAUUUAAUAUACGAAACGGGAUAUAUCUUCAUUUUUCAUAGUAGCUUAUGUUACCAGAUGUGUAAAUGAGAAAUAGAUAAAUUUGAGGCCAUUAUCAUUUGCUCUUUGUCAUUUUUGUUUAAAACAAUGUAUUAGAUGGUAUUUAAAGGUGAUCUCAAAGCGAUCAGUGUAUUUAUUAUUUACCAGGUUGUCAAUAGCGUACUUAACUAUGUCUGUUAGGCUUAAUAUGUUUCUGUUCAGUUUGUGUUAAACAUUUUUUAUUAAGUUUUUAAUAUGCUUAAGGAAUAUUCUUUCGUAUAUUUCGUAAAUUCCCAUACAAAAAGUGUCAGUUUACUACAACAAUGUAUUAAAAUAUAGUAUAUUUUAAGGCACAUGUCGAAAAUAAGCACAAUCCUUUAUGACUUAAAUUUUAAUAAAUAUUAAUUGACUUUAAACAAACUGCGCUUUUUUCAUGAUUAAAGAAAAUUACUUUUCACAACAUGUUCAUAGAUGGCGCUUAAACUAUUUGACAAACAAAAUGUGUUUCAGGUGAAAAAAAAAUUACAUAUCUUUUACCAUCGUCGGUUUAGUCAAAUUUUUUUUUAGAUUAAGUAUUUGUUAUAGACUAUUUUGCAUGUAAGUUAUUCAUUCUUAAAAUAUAUUCUUUUCCUUUGUAAUUCAUAAGUAUGCAUAGCUCCAAAACAUCGAUAUAUUGUGAGUUUUUUUUAUGGUUGGUUCGACUUAAUGUUUACAAAUCUUAUAUAACAGUUUGUUAAAUAGAUUUAUAUAAACAAACUCGACCCAUGUGAAAAUUUAAAGUUUUUAUUACUUUUUAGUAUUAUAUGUCCCUGUUCGUUAUUUAUUUAAUCAAAAAAAAAUAUAGGAACAAUUCGGAAGAUUGCAGACAUUAAACAUUUUUUAUUGCAUGUUUACUUUAACGUAAGUGUUAUUCUAUUUAUUUUAAUAGGCAAUACUGUUAGUUUUACACAGAUAAAAUCUUAAGUGCAUCGGCAUAAUGUUGCCAUUCUGAAAAAAAAUAUUUAAAAACAUAAUACUUGUCGCUUGCAGAGACGCCUAGUUAUUUUUUUGUCUAUUAGUAACAUAGUGAAAGUUUAUUGUAACUUAAUUAAAUUUAGUUGAGUAUUAAAAUGAAAUGGGCUUAUUAUUAAUUUAAUUUUUAGUCACUUUUUUGUCUAAAGAAAGACAAUAUUUAGACUGAAUAAGUUCCGUUUCUUAGAUGUGUAACAGGUGUAUAAAUAUUUUCUUGUAAUUCCUUUUGUUGCCUGCCUGACACGAGUCCAGUUGGUGUCUUCAUUUAUGAAACAAAUUCAAAGGGGAUUCCUUGUGAUUUUAUAACCUAUAAUUGAAUUACCAUUUUUGUUAAGACACGAUCCGCGUCCAUUAAAACCAAAAUAAGCUCGGGAGAUACUUCAAUAUUUUAAUGUGCAAAUUUAUUAUAGAUUUCAAAACCAAUCUAGUUGUUAUUUUUUUAUUAAUAAAUAUGGUAAUUCAAUAUAAAGAAAUAUACGGACAGAUAAUGAUCCUAGACACAACCAUACUAAAAAUUUGUUAAGGUGUGAACAUAAUAAAAAUGUAUAGUAAAGAUUUUUUGUACCUAAGAUUUGUAGGUAACUCGAAUUAGAAACGUCAUUGUUGUUGUGAAUUAGACUCCCUUAAGGUGGGUUUCAAGCGUCAAAACAGCUGUACAAAAGCAAUUUAUUAUCUCUCUCUUGUUCUCUGUGAAAAAGAAAGAGACAAGUAUAUGUUUUUGUGUAGUUUUGACAAAAGAAACGCACGGUUACAUCGUACAGAUUUGAAAUACAGUAUAUGUCCACAUUAAUUUGUAUAAUAAAAUUUAAUUGGAAAAAAUCCAAAAAUCGGACGAUAAUGAUAAAAAAAACAUCAGGACAGAAAUAUCUUAUUAAAGUGGACAUAUCCUAAAAUGACACUUUCUUCAUUUGAAGAAGUAUUAAUUGGCAACAUAAUGCUAUGUGAUAAAUUUUGUGAAGCUCAAAAUUUUUCUAAAAAGAUCACUUCUUUUUAUAUUUUGUCCGUAUGAGACUAGUUUAGGUAGGCUAAAUUAAAGGCUAUUGAAUUGCGUCAAAAAAUUAAAAAGCUAAAAGUGACUACACAAUAGACAAAAGUACCCAUUUUAUUAUCUAUGGUACGGUUAAGUAAAAGGAAAAAAUGACAAAAUUCAAACUUUCAUAUUCGAACAGAUAGAAGGAUGAUCGAUGUUGCAAAUUAUAUUGUGUUAUUAAUGAAUUUAUAUUCUGUAUAUAUUUGAAUUAAAAAAGUAAAUUUCUUUAGCGUUAUCGUAAUUGCAUGAAAUUUUAAAUACACAUGUAAAAACUUUUUUUUUAAAUGAGCUAUAACAUUAGAGUUGCAAUAUUUUUGAGAUGUCGUUGCAAUAUUUUUUACAAUGUUAUAGUAAAUCUAACAAUUCCGUCGAUAUUUUAUUAAACACCGAUCAUCUCUUUUGAUUGCAGUCAGUGCAUAGAUACGCUUUGACUUUUGUUUGCUUUUAAUUUCUUUAUCUGUGAGCGCUAGUGAGCUAGUGAAUACAAAGGAAACUAUAGAGUCACGGUACCAGCAUAUCCUAAAUACAGACGCAAAUUUAUUUUUACACUGUUUCGAAGCACCUUUAUUUAGUAGGUAUACAAUUGGAAUAAAAAUUAAUACGAAAGAACUGUUUUAUACAACACCCGUUUUGUUGAUAUAAAUGUAAAUAAAUGUCAAG